GGAAGCGCUCCUUCACGAUGCGGCGAGUCCGUGCUGCUCCGGGAAGCGAUGAUGCAGGAGCUGUGCUGCUCUGUCCGCCCGUCUGGAUGCUCCAAUUAAAACCAUGCCGCAGCCAAAAUCCCGGAAAAUCGCCGUGUUGGGUUACAGGUCGGUGGGGAAGUCGUCUCUCACCAUCCAGUUUGUGGAGGGGCAGUUUGUGGACUCCUACGACCCCACCAUAGAGAACACGUUCACCAAGACGAUGACUGUGAACGGGCAGGAGUACAACCUGCAGCUGGUCGACACGGCCGGCCAGGUGAGCUCUUCCUCAGGUAACUUCCUCUGUUGCUUUAUUCACUCCUGAUAGAAGGAAGAGCUGCAGGUGAGCCGCCACAG